AGUGAUGUCAUAGUAUGGGAACAGUUGUGCACACUGCUUGUUUAGAAGAACUAUGGUUCCCUUCCAAUCUAAGGGGGCGGUAAAGGGAAGCUACUAUUCUUUUAGUGGUCGCCCACCGUGUAAGUCAUCACUUAGUUAGAUGUGUUUAAGAUUCACAAGUAGUUCAAAAUUGGGUGGAUUUUUAAUAUAUCCCACCAGACCUUUCCAUGAGGUAAGGAAGUGAAGGAGGGGCUGCUGUCUACAAAACCUCUCAUACACCCACGUCUGCUUCACGCAUCUGAGCCAGCCCCUGAACACACACUGCGGGACCACUCUAUCUCAACUCCACGUCUUUCACAGCUUUCAUGAACGACACACUGAUAAAGGCUUAUCUCUUAUGAGGAUGCACUUGAUGUCUGCAAAAACAAAGUAAACUGGCAUCAUCACAAUCAACUGAAAUGCACAAGUUACAAAACAGCUUGGCUCUAGGAUCAUGCCCAGCUGAAUAAGCACAAGAAUCCAGGGUCAAUUCUCAAGCUGUACAGCACACCAGAGCUGCUGCUGCUGCCAGGGCAUGGAGAGUCUCUUUGAACAUGUGGGGCAUUUUGGAAGAUUCCAAGCAUAUGCAUACUUCACAUCUGCCUUUCAAGCUAUUUCUUGUGGCAUCCACUACUUGGCCUCUGUGUUCAUUGCCGUUACGCCAAACUAUGUAUGCAGACCUCCAGGAAAUGUGAGCCUGGUACUGCUCCAUAAUAAUACUUUUUCCCAGAUUAAUGAAGUUUGGGAUAUAUGGACAUCCCCAAAAGAUUAUCUUGCUGUUCAACAGGAAAAUGGGGACAUUUGGGAACUACAUCGCUGCAGUCGCUUUAAACGUGAAGGUUCAUUUACUCCAACAUAUACAUAUGAUGGAAAUAAGACAGUAUUUGCUUGCUCUGAUGGAUAUCAAUAUGAUCACAGUCAUCUGGAAAGUAGCAUAGUAACAGACUGGGAUCUGGUGUGUGACCAUGAAUGGCUUGCUAAAUUGGCUCAACCAACAUUCAUGCUUGGAGUACUUAUUGGUGCAGUAGUUUUUGGUGAUAUCGCAGACAGAGUGGGAAGACGACCAAUAAUGUGGAUCACAAGCUCAUGCCAGUUUAUAUUCGGUGUUGCAGUGGCAUUUACCUUCAACUACUACAGCUUUGUCAUUACUCGUUUUAUCCUGGCUAUGGUGUCGAGUGGCUACCUAGUUGUGGUGUUUGUUUAUGUGACAGAAUAUGUAGGAAGUAAAUUUCGCACUUGGGCCUCAAUACACAUUCAUACUUUCUUUGCUGUUGGAGUUAUGAUCGUGGCUCUAGUUGGUUAUUUGGUGCGUACUUGGUGGAUAUAUCAAUUAAUACUGUCUGUCAUCACCCUACCAUUCGUAAUGUGCUGCUGGAUGCUACCUGAAACUCCAUUCUGGCUGCAGUCCCAACGAAAAUGCAAAGAGGUAGAAAGGGUCAUUGCAACAAUGGAAAAGUGGAACAAAGUGAGCACUCAAUUCAAGUUAUCAGAAUUAUGCCCGGUGGAGGAGGGCAGGGAGCCUAGUGGAACUGAUGCCCAGCCUGCCAAAAAACACAACUUAUUUGAUCUAUUUCACAACUGGACGUUUGCCAGAAGGACCGUAUCUGUGUGGCUUAUUUGGUUUACUGGAAGCUUUGGAUAUUAUGUAUUUGCUUUAAACUCUGUCAACUUGGGAGGAAAUGAAUAUUUCAACUUAUUUCUUGCAGGUGCUGUGGAGAUUCCAUCAUAUAUCGUCUGCUGUUUCUGUAUGGACAAACUUGGAAGAAGGAAUACACUGGCUCCGUUCCUUUUACUCAGUACUGUCAUCUGUAUUGUAAUUAUGGUCAUUCCAGAGGACUACAAUACAAUAACCAUUGUUAUGAGCAUGGCAGGGAAGUUUUCAGUAGGUACUGCAUUUGGAUUAAUUUACCUAUACACAGCUGAACUAUACCCAACACUCAUACGAUCCUUGGCUGUUGGUAGUGGGAGCAUGAUAUGCCGGGUUGGUAGUGUGGUUGCGCCAUUCUGUGUUUACCUGACAGAUGUAUGGAUAUUCAUGCCACAGGUACUUGUCGGGACCCUGACCUUAGUUACUGGUAUUUUAACUCUUAUGCUGCCAGAAACACUUGGAAAGCCACUUCUAAACACUAUGGAAGAAGCUGCAGACACAGAGGAACAGGAAAAAAUGAAAAAGAAGCCAAUGGAAGCCAAUGGUGUUGUAAUGGAAAAACUAGAAUCCUCUAAUGCAGAUAACUCCAGUGAAUCUCUAAUGCACAGAUUAUAAAUACUCUCCCUAUGUGAUAUACAUUCUGAUAAACCCAAUAAUCCACCUGCACAUCAAUGAUAUUUGUAGUCAAUGAAAUGUGUGCAGCUAUGGUGGAACAGAUUGGAACUUUUUAUAUGACAGAUAAAAUCAAAGGCACUAACAUUAAUUUCUGGAAAGAGGCACUCAUGUGGUAGAUGCAAAAUCAGAUCAUAACUUAAUGCAGAGAUGCGCCAUUUCAGAUA